AUGGUAGCAGAAAAAUUGUAUGCUCAGACUGGUUCAUCUUUUCAUGCAAGAAAUUUCAAAAAUCUAAAACCCUUGGAGUUAAUGGAAGAGGAAAGAGAGAAAAAUUAUCUAAAUUUAGAGAGCUGCCUGACCUGGUAACUCUUCGAACAUUAUUCAGGCAGCUUGAAAACGACAUGGGAGUGAGUUACAGGAUGACGAUGGACACAGAAGAUUAAAAACAAAAGAAGCUAAGCUACACUAACAUCAAAGCGUCGUGACGAAAGCAGAACACGGCACCAAACGAAGCUUACCACUAGAAUAUUAUUGUGUUGUUAACUCUUAUUUGACUUCUGCAAGCACAAUCCCCAGUCGUUGGAUCGAAUCCUCAAUCAAGAAUCAAACUCUUUUUUCUUUUAAAGAAAAAAAUAAAUGAAAAUCGAGAAUCGACUUUUGAGAAGGCGAAAGGAAGAAAGAGCUGAGUUUUGUAAAUAAUAUGUCUCUGCGCAACAAAGAUUCUUCAGGCGGAAAAAAAGAAAAUUCAUUUUAACAUGGAAAGGAUCCUGGUGUACGGACGAAAUUCAGGUUUCAUUUAAUUCAAUGAUGACAAAUUGACGAGCCCAUAACAUAAAAAACUAUGUACCGUUUCUCUCUCUUUCUCUGCUCUUUUUCUUGUCAUCACUCUUCUUCUCUAACUGACCUGACUUAAUCUUCUUUGGCAAUAAUUCCUUCAUAGAUUCAUUGCCUGAAUGGGAUAUUUUAUAUGUUUUCAUUCAUGUUGUUCAUUGAUCGACUCAAAACUCUGAAGGGUUGCAAAUUUUUUUUGUCCUGAAAUUCUCUGUUUCUGUUGCUCUAGAUUUUAUAUUCCUUUCGAAGUUUAGGUUCUUUUUGUCUCAAAAAGCUUCUCUUUUGGACCAAUUUCACUAUCUAAAACCCUCUCCUAAAACCUCAAUCUGCUCUUUUGUAAUGGAUUAUAGGAUUGGUUUCUCUGAUUCAAACGAAAUUAGUAAUGGAAGCAGCAGUUGCUGUAUAGAAACCCUUUCAAAUCCAAAUCCACCAAUUCCAAAUCCAGAAAUUUCAGCUCUCCAACAGCUCUCGAGAAGCCUUGAGUCCAUCAUUGAAUCAUUAGAUUUUGACUUCUAUGCUGAUGCCAAAAUUACAAUCUCUGCCUCUAAUAGAGAGGUCCCUGUUCACCGGUGCAUUUUAUCAGCGAGAAGUCCUUUCUUUAAGGCUAUGUUUUCAGGUUCUCUGGGUAAAGAGAAAGGUGCUGUCAAGUAUGAACUGAAGGAGUUGACCAAGGAUUAUGAUGUUGGGUUUGAUUCUCUGGUGGCCGUUUUGGGUUAUUUGUAUAGUGGAAAAGUGAGGCCUUUGCCUAAAGGUGUUUGUGUUUGUGUUGAUGAAGAUUGCUCCCAUGUUGCUUGUAGGCCUGCUGUUGAUUUCAUGGUUGAGGUGCUAUAUGCAUCUUUUACUUUUCAGGUGCCUGAGCUAGUGGCUCUCUAUCAAAGGCAUCUUCUAGACAUUCUUGACAAGGUUGCAAUUGAUGACAUCCUGGUGGUUCUAUCUGUUGCAAAUACGUGUGGUAAAGCUUGUGAGAGAUUAUUCACAAGAUGUAUCGAGAUCAUUGUGAAAUCUGAUGCUGAUAUUGUAACUCUGGAUAAGGCCUUACCCCAACACAUUGUAAAGCAAAUUACAGAUUCUCGCUCAGAGCUUGGUUUGGACACACCUGAAAGCACAGGUUAUCCUGAUAAACAUGUAAAGAGAAUACAUCGAGCGUUGGACUCGGAUGAUGUAGAAUUAGUUAGGAUGCUGCUGAAAGAGGCACAUACCAAUCUGGAUGAUGCACAUGCACUACAUUAUGCUGUUGCAUAUUGUGAUGCAAAGACGACAACGGAGCUUCUUGAUCUUGGAAUUGCUGAUGUCAACUGCAGAAACUCAAGGGGCUACACUGUGCUUCAUGUUGCCGCAAUGAGGAAAGAGCCUAGGAUUAUUGUAUCACUCUUGACAAAGGGAGCUCGGCCGUCAGAUCUCACUUCAGAUGGUCGAAAAGCACUUCAAAUCUCGAAGCAACUUACUAGAGCUGCAGAUUACUAUAAGUCCACUGAGGAAGGAAAAGCUUCUCCCAAGGAAAGAUUAUGCAUAGAGAUCUUGGAGCAAGCAGAAAGAAGAGAUCCAUUACAUGUAGAGGCUUCUCUUUCUCUUGCUAUGGCUGGUGAUGACCUGCGAAUGAAAUUGUUAUACCUUGAAAAUAGAGUUGGACUGGCAAAACUUCUAUUCCCUAUGGAAGCGAAAGUUGCAAUGGAUAUUGCUCAAGUGGAUGGUACAUAUGAAUUUCCACUCACUAACAUUGAGACUAAGGCUUUGUCUGGUGCUCAAAGGACAACUGUGGACUUGAACGAGGCACCUUUCAGGAUUCAAGAGGAGCAUCUGAACAGGAUGAAAGCACUGUCUAGAACUGUGGAACUUGGUAAACGCUUUUUCCCUCGGUGUUCAGAGGUACUGAACCGGAUCAUGGAUGCAGACGACUUAUCACAGCUCGCGUACUUAGGAAAAGAUACUGUAGAAGAACGACACCAGAAGAAACAAAGAUAUAUGGAACUCCAGGACCUUCUGAGUAAGGCAUUUAAUGAGGAUAAACAAGAGUUUGAUAAGUCUAACAUUUCAUCCUCUUCGUCUUCGAAAUCAAUAGGGAUGGUGAAAUCUAAUGGUAAGCUCCGUAAUAGGAAUGGAAGGGCUUAAUUCACCCCCUUCCCCUUGUUGUAUAAUAGGGCUGUAAUUUAUUAUUGUCUUCGAAAUCAAUAGGGAUGGUGAAAUCCAAUGGUAAGCUCCGUAAUAGGAAUGGAAAGGCUUAAUUCAUCCCCUUCCCCUUGUUGUAUAAUAGGGCUGUAAUUUAUUGUUGUGUUUGCCUUUUCAAUUCUUUUGCUCUGCAAUGUAAUACUAGGCGGUUGCUUAUAUAGGGAGAGAGGGAAUGGCUUGGUUUUCUGUUAAUAUUGACUUCUUCUUUCUUCAAUUUCAGCAGCUUGGUCA